AUGCGGGUGAUGAUCCGGUUACUACCGCUAUUGGCGGCACUCCCGACCUGGGCUGCAGACGACACUACUUCAUCGGGAGACAAGACUACGACUUCGGUGACGGGAAAGGGCAUGUUGACGCUGGAUGGGACUAUCACCGGGACAAUCAGUGAUGCCGCAACGCCGACCGGCUCCUAUCAAUCCAUCACAUCCACGGUCACUCUAGGGAAUGGUCAUGGGAGUGUGGCCGGCUCGCAUACCGUCACAGGCUCCGACGCAACCGUGACAACGCCUUCGAAUAGCACAGAUACGAAAACAUCCACCUCCAAUUCUCUGACCGUGCUGGCCGGCAGCCAGACACAUCUGAUCAACGGCACCGCCAAUGCCACUAUGACGGCGUCGGCGUCGGCCUCCUCGUCCCCAGUGAUCAAUACGCAACCCUGCAAUGGAUAUCCUGAAUUCUGUGCGCGGAAUUAUUCGAACAUCACUGUGGUUGCUGCCCAUAACAGUCCUUUCGUUAAACCGGGCAGUGUCGCCGCGAACCAGGCGUUGUUGGUGGAAACUCAACUGAACGAUGGGAUUCGGAUGUUGCAAUUCCAGACUCAUCUGGUCAACAACACCCUGUACCUGUGCCACAGUAACUGCGAGCUCCUCAAUGUCGGGACCCUCGAGGCCUACCUGACGACGGUGGCCAAGUGGAUGAAGGCACACCCAUAUGAUGUGGUCACCAUUCUGAUGGGCAACUCGGACUACGUGGAUCCCGGGAAUUUCACCGCACCCGUCCAGAACUCGGGUUUGAUGGAUUUGGUGUAUACCCCCUCCAAGAUCCCCAUGGCCUUGGAUGACUGGCCAACCCUGUCCACCAUGAUCAUGUCCGGCAAGCGUGCAGUCAUGUUCCUAGACUACCAGGCCAACCAGACGGCAUACCCGUGGCUUAUGGAUGAGUUCUCCCAGAUGUGGGAGACGCCCUUCUCCCCGACAGACCGAGCCUUUCCUUGUACGGUCCAGCGCCCACCGGAUCUGGCCGAGCCCGAUGCCAAGAACCGGAUGUAUAUGGCGAAUCAUAACCUCAACCUCCAGAUGAACGUGCUCAAUCUCAACCUGCUCAUCCCGAAUACGGCUCUCUUGAACGAGACGAACGCCGUGGAGGGGUACGGAAGUCUGGGAUGGAUGGCAGGCAAUUGUACUGAACAGUGGAACCGUCCACCAAACUUCCUCUUGGUCGACUACUACAACUACGGCCCACAAAAUGGCUCGGUCUUCGAGGUUGCGGCGAAGAUGAACAACGUGACAUGGAACGGCAAAUGCUGCGGCGUGACAAGCGCGGGCCUGAGCCUGACGCCGCAGAGCGUCAUGGCAACGGCUCUCAUGAUUGGAGGAAUCCAAUUCCUCGUCUCCAUGUUUUGA